AUGGAUUCCGAAACACGUGUGAAAGCAUACAAAUUUAUUGCCUACUCGGCAGUUACACUUGCUGUAACAGCUGUUUUCGGAGUAAGUCAUAUUGUUUUUCUGUAUAUUAAUUUUUAUUAUUGUUGUUUUUGAGAUAUGCAUCACCCUUCCAAUGUUGCAUAACUAUGUUGAAGGAAUGAAAAGACAAGUUGAUAGAGAAUUGAUGUUCUGUAAACAUACUACCAAGGAUUUAUUCGAUGAGAUGGCUAAUGUCAAGGUUUGUAUAUUAAUUAUUACACUUUCUUUUUCCUUUAUUUUCUAGGAUGAAAACUGGAUAAGAUAAGAAAAUAAUGUAAGCGUUUUCAGACGUCGGCGCGUAACCAUACUCGAUUUGGAAGACAAUCCGGAUAUAGCGAUGAUGAAUUCGUGAUUGACAGUAGCAUUCAAGUCGGCGGUGGAACUUGUGACGGUUGUUGUUUGCCAGGAUCUCAAGGACCUCCAGGUCCAGCCGGUAGACCAGGUCGUCCAGGAAGACCAGGAGCUUGUGGACAACCAGGAGCACCAGGAAAACCAGUUGGAGAGCCAUGCAAUCCACAAACCCCACCACCUUGCAAGCCAUGUCCACAAGGAGCUCCAGGAAAACCAGGAAAUGACGGAGCUCCAGGAGCACCUGGUCAACCAGGAAAGCCAGGAGUUGGAGGAGGUUCGGGAUCUCCAGGACCAGCUGGACAAAAAGGACAACCAGGAGCCCCAGGAUUGCCAGGAAAUGACGGACAACCUGGACAACCAGGACAACCAGGAGAUUCAUCUAACUCUCCAGGACAACCUGGACCAGCUGGACCACGUGGACCACGUGGCCCACCCGGACAACCAGGAAGCCCAGGACAACCGGGAAGCGAUGGACAACCUGGAAAUCCAGGACGACCAGGAAAUGAUGGAUUACCAGGAGGUGAUGGGCAACCAGGUGCACCAGGACAACCAGGACAACCUGGAGGAGCUGGAGAAAAAGGAAUCUGUCCAAAAUAUUGUGCUGUCGAUGGUGGAGUCUUCUUCGAAGAUGGAACUCGCAGACGUUAA